CUGAAAGCGUCCGUAGUAGCAGUGGCUAAGGAGAUGUACGAACUUCCGGUUCUCCCGCCAGCUGCUUCUGCUGCCGCCUCUGCCAUCUACGGCUGCCUGGCCUUAGCCCGGGAUUUGGCUACUUCUUCCUCGUCCACCAUUAUGCCCAAGGUCCCUCCUGGACCCAGGACGGUGGGCCCGGCGGCUCCCACGUGGUGAGAGGGCGGACGGGGGACGAUGAAGACUGCUCAUUCCUGCUGCUGCCUCAGCCGCCUCCUGGCCCCCGCCCUCCUGCUGCUGCUGCCAGCGCUGAGUGGGCCCCUGGCAGUGUUGCUGCAAGCGGCUGAGGCCGCGCCGGGCCCUGGGCCACCGGGCCCCGGCCUACGGACCCUGCCGCCGCCGCCGCUGCCGCCGGGUCCCACCGCAGCCCGUCUACCAGGCCGCACUCCGGCUGCGGUCGCGGGGCCGCGGAGUGCAGAAAGCAGUAAUGGCAGCAGCUCCAGGGCGGAGCUUGCGGCUGACGAUCAUGGAGGGAAGACCGGGGAAAGCUCAGUGGGCGGCGGCCUCGCUGUGAGUCCAAACCCUGGUGAUAAACCCAUGACCCAGCGGGCCUUGACGGUGUUGAUGGUGGUCAGCGGCGCUGUGUUGGUGUACUUCGUCGUCAGGACAGUCAGGAUGAGAAGAAGAAACCGAAAGACAAGAAAGUACGGAGUUCUAGACACUAACAUAGAAAAUAUGGAAUUGACACCUUUAGAACAAGAUGAUGAGGAUGAUGAUAACACAUUGUUUGAUGCCAGUCAUCCUCGAAGAUAAGAAUGUGCCUUUUGAUGAGAGGACUUCAUCUUUCUACAGUGAAAGGUGGAGUUUCUGUUGUCAAGGAAUAAGAAGCCACUAUAUCAAUGGGGAAGAGAGGGAGGGUAUUUAAGUUACAUAUAUUAUGAGAAACUUUAAUUUGUUGUUGCAAUAAAUACUGUAUCAGUUUGUAAUAUCUUGUAUGUAUAGAAUUGCUCUAUUAACAGGCUCAGAGUCCUUGGGGGUACUUUAAUAGAAAUCUGUUUGGAAAUUACUUUAAAACAGUGUUUUCUGAUCAGUUUUUGGUUUUUGCUUACCAUAUGUAUUGUAAACUGUUUUUUGUGCUAAUCAAUUAAUUUUAAUUUUUUUGCUGGUGUCAUAUUUUAAAGAGCUAUAAAUUCAAACAGCCAACCGGUGUAUAAAAAGAAUUAACUUUUCCUUUCACCGGGAUGAAUUUCCCCAUUUUUCAGGGGAAAUGAAGCCAAAUUUAUUACUUUAUAUUUGGAGUAAAUGUCUGAGUUACUGUAUGCAAAACAAUAAAUGAUUUGAAAUCCUUUUAAA